AUGACAGUGACAGAAUACAAAAGAAAGAGCUUCAGCGACGACUAUUUCUCCCUACCAACUGACGUCGGCCGAGGAGAGGCCGGCCAACGACAGGCUUGGAAGCCAGGGUCCAACAGGCCCUGGGACGGGUCCCCGCUAUCGGUGGCUAGUUCGUCAACAAUGGUACUAACGCUGUACAAGAUAGAUGCGAGUCCACCAGUAAGGUCCGUAUUCAUGGCCAUAGAGGCUUUGGCCCUCAAGGACGUACAAAUGGUUGACGUCAACUUGUUCGAAGGAGAACAUUUGAAGGAAGAAUACUUGAAGGUGAAUCCCCAGCAUACAGUGCCGAUGCUCGCCGACGAUGAGUUUUACAUUUGGGACAGUCAUGCGAUUGCAACUUACUUAGUGACGAAAUACGGCAAGAAUGAUGAUCUGUACCCGGCCGACCCACAAAAGAGGGCGAUCAUUGACCAACGACUCCAUUUCGAUAGUGGAAUACUGUUCCCGUCUUUAAGGGGCACUGUUGAGCCAGUACUGUUUUGGGGAGAAAAAACGUUCCGUCAAGAAAAUUUAGAUAAGAUUAAAAAGGCGUAUGAAUUUUUGGAGAACUUCUUAACUUCUUCAUCCCCAUGGCUGGCUGGUGAUAAGGUGACACUCGCAGACAUUUGCUGUGUUUCUACAGUCAGCUCUAUGGAUGUGGUUCUGCCUAUUGAUGCUGAUACGUAUCCGAAUCUCGCAUCCUGGAAGGAUCUCUGCUCUCAACAACAGUUUUAUGUUGCGGGGAACAUGCCUGGCUUGGAACAAUUCCAAGGGCUGGUAAAAUUUAAGUUGCGUUAAAUGCUGGAGACUUAUGUCGGAAUACUCAAACGCUACUCAAUUUUAAGUCGUGUUUAAGUAUAGUUCUGUCUCCACAAAUUCUUUGUAAAAUGAGAGAGAUGGCACGAUAUUUAAGCACGACUUAAAAUUGAGUAACGUUUCAGUAUUCCGGCAUUACGCUGUUAAAGUUACAUUUUUAUGUUGCAAUUAUAACUACUACAUUUAGAACUAAAAUGAUUUUGAUUAGAUAUUUAGAUAAAUGUUUAGGUAACAAUUUGC